AAUUUUUUUACAAUCAACCCCCCAAUCCUUCCUCGCCAUCUCUCCAUUUCCAUAUCUUCUGCUACAUUUCCUCUCUUUUCUUCCCUCUUUCCCUCUAUAUAUACCCCUUUCUUUUCGUUUCUUUUCACUUUCCCACUAUUCAAUCCUAUUAUAUUCAAUUCUAUUCAAUUCUCGUAUGUCUGCAAUCUGGCGAUGGAAGUCUUACCUCAAACACCUCAGACACCUCAAACACCUCUCCUCCUCUCAACUCACUUCCCGCCCCACUUCCCCUCUUCUUCUUCUUCCCCCAAUUCACGGUCUCCUUCAACACCGUUUCAAAUGGGACACUCCCUCCGGUGGUGGUGACAAUUUUACCGAUAAUCGUAAAAUUAGGGCCGAAAUUAACUGUCCCAGAUGUUCUAAACACAUGGAUCUCUUGUUCGCUUCCUCCAAUCUCUCCCCUCCGGUUCCUACCGUUGUCGAUAGUGGCACCUUCCAGGAGGUCAACAUCUGUCCUAAUUGUAAAUCUGCUUACUACUUUCGGCCUUAUAGGAUUGCCCCUCUUCAAGGCAGCUUCGUUGAAAUCAAAGUCAGUAGUAAUGGCAAUAAUAGUAGCAGCAAAAGAAGGUUGAAGAGGUUUUCGAGUGAUAGGGUUGGUGUUGAUGAGAGGGUGUCGUUUUGGGAUAGUUUGAGGACGUAUGGAGGGGACCCGCCUCCGCCUUCGAAUGGUUUGGCGGUGCAUACACCGCCGGGCCCGCCUUUUGCACCUGGGGUUAAUGUGGUUCGAGCUGUGGGGCCCAAUCACGGUGGUGGGUCUGGUAGUGGUGGUGGUGGUGGUGAGGGGGGUGGUGGUGGUGGUGGUGGUGGAUGGGGUGGGGCUAAUUUGGGGAAGAAUUUGCCAACGCCAAAGGAGAUUUGCAAAGGUCUUGAUAAGUUUGUGAUUGGUCAACAGAGAGCCAAAAAGGUGCUUGCUGUGGCUGUUCAUAACCACUAUAAGAGGAUAUAUAAUGCUUCCUUUCAAAAAGGGUCAGGGGCGGAAUCGGGAACCAUGGAGGCAAUAGAUGAAGAUGAUAAUGUAGAGUUAGAAAAGAGCAAUGUGCUUUUAAUGGGGCCAACCGGUUCAGGGAAGACUUUACUUGCAAAAACACUAGCUCGUUUUGUCAAUGUGCCAUUUGUUAUUGCUGAUGCAACAACCUUAACUCAGGCUGGUUAUGUUGGGGAAGAUGUUGAAUCAAUAUUGUAUAAACUUCUCAUGGCAUCUGAAUUCAAUGUUCAAGCAGCUCAACAAGGGAUCGUGUAUAUUGAUGAAGUUGAUAAAAUAACUAAGAAGGCUGAGAGCUUAAAUAUUAGUAGAGAUGUUUCUGGUGAGGGUGUACAACAGGCAUUAUUGAAGAUGCUGGAAGGAACUAUAGUGAAUGUUCCUGAGAAGGGGGCAAGGAAACAUCCUCGGGGUGAUAACAUACAGAUAGAUACAAAAGAUAUCCUCUUCAUAUGUGGUGGAGCAUUCAUUAAUCUUGAUAAAACGAUUUCGGAGAGACGGCAAGAUUCAUCAAUUGGUUUUGGAGCUCCUGUUCGUGCAAACAUGAGAGCUGGUGGAGUAAUUGAUGCUACAGUGACAUCAUCUUUGCUUGAAUCGGUUGAGAGUUCUGAUCUCAUUUCUUAUGGUCUCAUACCGGAAUUUAUUGGACGCUUUCCAAUUUUAGUUAGUUUGUCAGCUUUAACUGAGGACCAACUUGUUAAGGUCCUCACAGAACCAAAAAAUGCUCUUGGUAAGCAGUACAAGAAAUUGUUUAGCAUGAACAAUGUGAAGUUACAUUUUACUGAGAAAGCACUAAGAUUGAUUGCCCAAAAAGCCACGGCGAAGAAUACCGGUGCCAGGGGUUUGAGAGCCAUACUAGAAAGUAUUUUAACUGAAGCUAUGUAUGAGAUUCCAGAUGUUAAGACAGGAAGCGAUAGAGUAGAUGCUGUUGUGAUAGAUGAGGAGUCAGUGGGCUCAGCAAGUGCCCCAGGAUGUGGAGGCAAAAUUCUUCGUGGAGAAGGUGCAUUAGACCGUUAUCUUGAUGAAACAAAGUUGAAAGAUUUAGCGGAAAAUGCUGAGGCAAGCGAUAGAGAGUCGCAGGAGGGUGAAGGGGAGGUUUCAUCAAGAGCCAUGAGCAUGUAACGUUACAACAACAAUUGAAUUGUUGCAAUAUAAUUUGUACAAUUAUUCCUAAUGUUAUUUGUAAAAAUCAAAUUCAUAAGUGGGUGUAAUUAUUUAUUAUCCCCUUGUAGAACAGCAUAGUUGUCUGGCUGGUUCAUAAAUUCAUCGGAAAAGAGGAAAGGAAAAAAAAAA